AUGUCUGUCCCUCGUGCAAUUCGUCAAGUUUUCCUAGCCAUUGAGCAGGCAGAGGGAGCUGGUGCACGUGUCCGUCGCUCCAUCGGCACAGCUAAGCUUCGCAAUUUCAGUCCUUUCCUCAUGCUCGAUCACUUCACUAUCGGUAAGGGCGCUGGUUUCCCUGACCACCCGCACCGUGGUCAAGAGACCAUCACAUAUCUGCUCUCAGGCGGAGUCGACCACGAAGACUUCGCCGGUAACAAGGGCACCAUCGGACCUGGUGAUCUUCAAUUUAUGACCGCCGGCCGCGGUAUUAUGCAUGCUGAAAUGCCCCACGAGAACCCUGACGGCAGUCCCAACGUCGGCAUGCAGCUCUGGGUUGAUUUGCCCGAAAAGCUGAAGAUGUGCGAGCCUCGCUACCGGGACUUACGCUCCAGCGAGAUCCCCGUUGCCCAAGCUGAUGAUGGCCGCGUCACAGUCAAGGUUAUUUCAGGCCAGUCGCAUGGUGUCGACUCUGUUCGGGACUUGGCUUAUACCCCAGUCUGGAUUUUGGAUGUUACAAUUCGUCCUGGUGGUCGCAUUUCUCAGACUCUGCCCCAGGGCUGGAACACUUUCGCUUAUACCUUGUCUGGAAGCACUAUUUUUGGCUCUAAUGAUUCCACCAAGGUGGUGAAAGAGUUCCACAACGUGGUGUUUGAGCAGGCCGGAGACUUGAUUGAGGCAUCUGUUCCAGACAAUUCCGAGGAGGAGGCUCGCUUCUUGAUCGUUUCCGGUCAGCCAUUAGAUCAAAAGGUUGUCCAAUAUGGCCCGUUUGUCUUGAGUAGUCAGGAAGAUGUCUACCAAGCAAUGCUUGAUUACCAAACUGCCUCAAAUGGAUUCGAAAAGUCGCGUGGUUGGGAGAGUGAAAUUGGCAAGCGGAUGGGAUCUUACUAG